UUGGAGAGGUUUGUCUCCAGGGCGCACGGCUCUGCUUGGCUCUGCUUGGCUUUGCCCGCCUUUCCCGGCCUUUGGAGGCGGCUCAGGUGCCGGAGGAGGAGCCCUCGGAGCCGGAGGCGUUGGAGGAAGGUCGGAGGCAGCUUUAGCCGCCGCCCCCGGAGCCCGGGGAACAGGAACAGAGCCGCUUUCGUCGCGCGUAAAAGUUGCCUCCCCGCGCGCGCGCCGUGCGUCAAAGGCUCCCUUCCCUUUCUUUCUCUCUCUUUUGCGCGCGCGGCGCCUGCUUUCCCAAACCGCCUCCUUUCUUUCUUUCCUUUCUUUCUUCCUUCCUUCCUUCCUUCCGAGGCACGCCAUGAAGGGAGGAAGAGGAGGACGAGGAGGAGGAAGGAGAAGGAGAGGAGGAAGGCACCGGGCCAAAGCCGCCGUUUGAACCGGAGGAAGAGGAGCCCAAAAGAAGGAGGAGGAGGCGGAGGAGCAUGGCUUCCAAGGAGCGCCUCUACGAGCUCUGGAUGCUCUACUUCGCCAAGAAAGAUUUGGCGAAACUGCAGCAAUGGCUGGAAGCGUUCGUCGCAAAUUUUGAGAAAAUAAUUGCAGUGCAUUCGCUAGAACCAAGAAGGCCGGAGGAGUCGGUCUCGGAGAUCCCGCUGCUUCCCCGCGAUGUGCUGCAGGUCCUGACCCAACAGCUGGCGCACUGCGUCUCCCAGGUCUCCCGGCCGGAGGUGGCCGAGGCUGGCCUCCCCCAGGCCCUCUUGCUGGUCAAGUUCUUCAUCAUCAUUUGCAGGAAUCUAGAAAACGUCCAAGCUGAACGGCCCCCAGUUUUCGUCCACGAAGUCGUCAGCUUGUUGUCGGCUUAUUCGAAAAAGACCUGCCUUUCCUGCAAGCCUCUCCAGAUACAUCUCCAGGAGUUCCCAAACUUUGCCUCCUUCCAGAUGUUUUGGGCUUCAAUCUCCCAGAAUUCUUCACUGUUCACCAAGCUGGAUGAGGAUACAAAGCAUGGCAAUCACCUCAAAAGCCCCCAGCCGUUGCCUUGCAAGAGUCAGCUGGAGAAAGUUGCCCUUUACACGCUGCACCUCUCCGAAUGCCUCUUUGAUCCCUACCAGACCUGGAGGAGACAGCUCAGCGGGGAGAUCAUCAGCAUGAAAGAGAAGAGCAAAUACAAGUUCGUGCCGACCGUGUUGCCCCAGGAGUUCAACUCUUUUUUCCAAGAAUGCUUCAAAGAUGGAGAACAGCUUCCAGAGGCUCUCCAGCUGCGGCUGAUCCAUCUCUUCGGAGCCAUCAUCUCCGGAUCCAAGGCCAAUGCGCUGCUGGCGGUGACCCCGUCCUCGGUGGAGGUGCUGAUGCUGGUGCUGCGCAGGUGGUGCUCCCCGGGAAGCCCGCCCCCCGCCGGAGACCCCAAUGUGCUGGCGCUGGCCCUGAAGAGCCUGGUGGGCAUGGUGCACGUCCUGCACGCCGGAAGCCCCCCCGGGCAGCGCAAGGUGGAGAUCCGCGCCAUCCUGGACAGCUACUUCCAGGUCCUCAACGCCGACCAGCCCGUGGCCACCAUGCAGGGCUCUCCGGGCGGGCAGUGGGAGGAACGGCUUGUCGCCCUCCGGGUCAGCAUGCUGGAUGCUAUCCCUGAAAUGUUAAACUGCGACGACCGGCCUGUCUUGCAAGCCAUCUUCCUCAGCAACAACUGCUUUGAGCACAUCAUCCGGCUGAUCCAAAACAGCAAGCUCUACUUGAGUGGGGAGAGCAAGGCUUCCGGGAGCGACCUUGCCAUGCGGCUGCUGAGCGAGGCGGAUGUCCACCAGGUCUUUGACCACACUUCGGACGCCAUUCCCAUCCACGCCAUCAGAGUCCUGACCUCGAUCAUGAGCGGCUCCCCAUCCGCCAAGGAGGUGUUCAAAGAAAGGAUUGGCUAUUCCCAUCUAUACGAAGUCCUGAAGAGCCAGAGUCAGCCCACAAAGAAGUUGCUGGAGGAGCUUCUCAACAUGGCGGUCGAAGGGGACCACGGCUCAUUCCCGAUGCGCCCGAUCCACAACGAGCAGCCGCUCCUGGUCCUGAUCCAGUGGAUCCCAGAGCUGCGUUCCCGGGACCUGCGGGUCUUCCUCUCCGAGCGGCUGAAGAAGAUCUGCGACACCUCCCUGCGCAGCCGCACCACCUGCGUGGAGGCCGGGAUGGUGGGGGCCCUGCUGGACGCGCUCUGUGCCGCCGAGGCCGAGCCCCUGGACGGGAAGUGCGCCGAGAACCUGCUCUUCCUCCUGCGGGUCCUGGGGGGGCUCUCCCUCCGCCCGGGAGAACUACGGCAACUCCUCCGUCUCCUCCGGACCGAGCCGGGGAAAGGGGCGCACCCCUACGUCACGCAGGUGGUCCGUGCGCUCUCGGGGAUGGCCCGCAAGGAGGGUCCGGAGCGGGCCCUGCAGUACUUCGACCUCAGCCCCAGCAUGGCGGGCAUCAUGGUGCCGGCCAUCCAGAAGUGGCCCGGGAGCGGGUUCGCCUUCCACGCUUGGGUCUGCCUAGGGGACGAGGCCGGCCGGGGGGAACCCCCCAAGGAGGCCCCCAAGCUCAAGCGGAAGCAGCUGUACAGUUUCUUCACGGCCAGCGGGACCGGGUUCGAGGCCUUCUUCACCACUGACGGGAUGCUGGUGGUGGCCGUUUGCACGAAAAAGGAGUAUAUGACGGUCGCCCUUCCAGAGUUUCCUUUCAACGAUGCAGCCUGGCAUUGCAUCGACAUUGUCCACAUCACCGGCCGCAGGCCCUUCGGCCAGAAUAUUGUGAACAUUUACGUGGAUGGGCAUCUCCGGAAGAUGGCACAGAUGCGGUUCCCCUCGUUUGGUGAGUCUUUCACGUCUUGCUGCAUUGGCUCCGCCGGGCACCGGACCACCACCACGUCCACGAUCUUCCCCUCGCCGUCCCACUCGCCGGAGCUGGGCUUCCCUUCCCACCCUUCGCUGAGCCGCUCGCAGUCCUUCCCGGCCUCCCUGGCGCCCCACUCCUGGGCCCCCCUCCCUCCCCAGCCCCCCAAGGAGGGCCUGGUCUCCACAAUGGCCGCCGGGAGCCAGGACACGGAGUGGGGGGUGCCCACCUCCCUGGAGGGGCACCUGGGGUCCGCCUCCAUCUUCUGCGAGGCGCUUCCGCCGGCACAGGUCAAGGCCCUGUACGCAGCAGGACCAAAUGUGACGUCGCCUUUUAAGCCGGAAGGGGAUUUUCCAGAAGUCAGUAGCAAGCUGCUUCUGUAUUACACGCCACAGGCCUGCAAAAGCAACAUCUGCCUGGACCUUUCCCCGAACCAUUUCUACGACGGGAGGCUGACCGGGCACAAAGUGGUGAACUGGGAUGUCAAGGACGUGGUGAACUGCGUGGGCGGGAUGGGGGUCCUUCUCCCGCUUCUGGACCAGGUGGCCUCCCAGAAGAAGGAGGCCGAAGACCCCCAAGAGACCCACAACCUGGUGGGGCCGGAGCUGACCUCUUCCCACAACAGCGCCCAGGGCUUGCUCAUCCCGCUGGGGAAGUCUUCAGAGAGCAGGCUGGAGAGGAACGGCAUAGCUGCCUUCCUGCUGUUGGUGAAGAACUUCAUCCGCGGCCAUGCGGUCAACCAGGAGAGCCUGGUCCAGUGCCACGGACCGGCCAUCAUCGGAGCCCUGCUGCAGAAGGUCUCCAGCCAAGCCAUGGACAUGAACGUCUUGAUGGCCUCUCAGGUCCUGAUGGAGCAGGUGGCCUUGGAAGGACACAGUCUUCUGCAGCACCUCUUGUAUCAAUACCUGCUCUUCGACUUCCGCAUCUGGAGCAACUGCGACUUCGCCGUCCGACUGGGCCACAUCCAGUACCUGUCCAACAUAAUUAAGGACCACAAACAAAGGAUCCGCAGGAAAUAUGGGGUCCAGUACAUCCUAGACUCCAUCCGGACCUAUUAUGGGAUGUGUAAAGAGAAAGCCGUUGCCACCGAUGACCUCCGGACGGUGCAGACGUCCCUCUUCAGCCUGGUGAAGGACUUCCUCGGCAGGAACUUCUCCGCCGAGGAGAUGCAGAGCACCUUCAACUACCUGGCCGCCGUGAACGAGGAGCACCAGGUGUGUGGGAUGCUGGAGGUCAUCCACGGCCUGCAGAAGAACUCCCCGUCCCAGGAGCAGAUCUACGCUUUCCUCUUUGAGCCGGGAAACGUGGAGAUCCUGUUCUCGCUGCUGGUCCAGCGGAAGUUCUCCGACGAAGUGCGGGAGAGGAUUUUCAAGAUCCUGUACAAGCUGCUGAAGUACGAGAAAGUGAACGAACGAUGCAAAUACCGGCUGAAGCUGAAGGACAUUGGCUACCAAGGCCUGCUUUCUUCCCUGAACGACAUCCCCGUCUCCAUGCUCCUCUUCCGCUGCCUCCUGGAACAGGUCCUUGCAUCAGAUUCCCCAAACUACAAAGACUUGAUGGCUGUCGUUUACCUGUCUCACCGGGCCGAGCUGGCCGUCCGGCUAGACAUCUGCAGGAAGCUCUUCCACCUGAUUUACGCCCAGCACGACAUGGUCAAGCACUUGGCCAAACUGGCCGGGUGGCAAGACACCCUCACCAAGCUCUACGUGAAGGAGUCCUACGAAGGAGCAAACCCUUCCCGCCGUACGCCUUCAAGUCCUUCGACUCCUUCGACCUGGCCAGCCAUUCCUCCUCCUCCAACAACACGGACGGCCCCGGGCAGGGGGAGCCUCGUGGCGGGGAGGCGGUAGGCAGACCGCGUCUACCACCCGCUCUCCCCGUUCUCCAUGUGCCCCUUCGACCUGGGCUUGGACGUCGGCAGCACCAGCUCCGCGGCCACGGCCGAGAGCGGGAGCCAGACCCCCGUGAGCCUGCCGGGGACCCCCUCCCCCUUGGAGAGCUUCAAGCCCUUUCCCGGGACGCGAGCGCGGAAGAGCUCCAGCCUCUCUAACGUCUUGGACGACACCAGCUACCAGGAAGCGCUGCCCAGCGACAACAUCUCCAACACAAGCAACCCUCAGCAAACCCCCGAGGAGGAGCUUUGCAACCUGCUCACCAACAUCAUCUUUUCCGUCACGUGGCGUGGCGUGGAGGGCUGGGACGACGUGGCCUGGAAGGAGCGGGGACAGGUCUUCUCCGUCCUCACCAAGCUGGGAUCGGCCUGCGAACUGGUCCGCCCGCCGGAUGAGGUCAAGCGCAGCCUUCUGGAGAUGAUGAUGGAGUCGGCAUUGACGGACAUCAAAGAGGCCACGGCGGCCAUGCUGCCCAGCUUGACCCAGAACGCCCUGAAGCUGCUGCGCCUCCUCCAGGACUUCCUCUUCUCCGAGGGUCACAACAACCAGGCCUUGUGGAGUGAGAAGGUUUACGAGGGUGUCAACAGCCUGCUGGACAAACUGGGUGUGUGGUACCACUUGGCCAACGGCACUUCUGAUUUGAAAGAGAUGGCCCAGAUUGGCCUGCGGGUGCUGAUGGGGUACAUCAUGCUGGAGGAUGUCCAGCUGCAGUCGGUGGCCUACGUGAAGCUGCACAGCCUGCUCCAGACGGCCUCUGUGCCCAAGAGGGAGGAGGCCUGCUACCUGCUGGGCAAGCUGGAGACCCCCCUCCGGCGCUCGCUGCACAGCAAGUCGGAGACCUUCUCCUGGCUGGUGCCGGUGGUGCGCACCCUGAUGGACCUGUGCUACGACACCCUGCAGCUGCAGCACGUCCUGCCCUCGCUGCCCCCCACCAACGGCAGCCCCACCUUCUACGAGGACUUCCAGGCCUUUUGCGCCACCCCCGAGUGGACCGCCUUCGUCGAGAGGCACGUGCAGCCCACCAUGGCCCAGUUCGAGAUGGACACCUUUGCCAAGAGCCACGACCACAUGUCCAACUUCUGGAACUCCUGCUACGACGCCCUGAUGAGCAGCUCCCAGCGGAGGGAGAAGGAGAAGGCCGAGAGCCGGAGGAAGUUCCAGGAGCUCGUUCUGGAGCCGGUGAUGAAGCGGGCCAAGUACGAGAACAUGCGUCACACCAACAUGCUGAAGCAGGUCAACAACCACCACAACACGGUCCUGAAGCAGUGGAAGGCACUGCGCCGCUUGCUCACCUCCCAGCGCUCGGCCUGGGCCCAUCGGAAUCCCCCCGAGAUGCACUGGAAGCUGUCGAGUGCGGAGACCUACUCUCGAAUGCGGCUGAAGCUGGUUCCCAAUUACAACUUUGACUGCCACACAGAGGCCAGCGCUCUUCGGGACAAUCUGGGCGCUGACCAUUUGCACAACCCGGCCGAACCCCUCCCCUUAGCAGUGGCCAAGGAGGCCAAGGUCAGCGAGAUGCAGGAUGACCAGCUGGCCGAAGAGGACCUCUCCUUCCUGGACAGCCACGUGGAGCCCAAGGAGCAAAGCCAGAGGGAGAAGCUGGUCAUCUCGGAGGACUGCGAGCUCAUCACCACGGUGGCCGUCAUCCCCGGGCGCUUGGAGGUGACCACACAGCACAUCUACUUCUACGACGGCAGCAGCGAGAAGGACGAAACCGAGGAAGGAAUCGGGUACGACUUCAAGCGUCCUUUAGCGCAGCUCCGGGAAUUGCACCUCCGCCGCUACAAUCUUCGCCGAUCCGCACUAGAAUUCUUCUUCAUCGACCAGGCAAACUACUUCCUCAACUUCAAAAAGAUGGUGAGGAACAAGGUGUACUCCUCCAUCCUCAGCCUCCGGCCGCCGAACCAGAUUUACUUUGGAAGCCGUUCCCCGCAAGAGCUGCUCAAGGCGUCCGGAUUGACUCAGAAAUGGGUUUACAGGGAAAUCUCCAACUUCGAAUACCUCAUGCAGCUGAACACCAUUGCCGGGCGGACCUACAACGACCUCUCCCAGUAUCCCGUGUUUCCGUGGAUCCUGCAAGAUUAUGCCUCGGAGACCCUGGACCUCAGCAACCCGGCCGUCUUCCGGGACCUUUCCAAGCCCAUUGGCGUGGCCAACGAAAAACACGCCAAGGACGUGAAGGAAAAGUACGAGAGCUUUGAGGACCCCACCGGGAUGAUCGACAAGUUCCACUACGGCACCCACUACUCCAACGCCGCGGGCGUCAUGCACUACCUCAUCCGGACGGAGCCCUUCACCACCUUGCACAUCCAGCUGCAGAGCGGAAGGUUUGACUGCUCUGACCGCCAGUUUCAUUCCAUCCCAGCUGCUUGGCAAGUCCGAAUGGAAAACCCUGUUGAUGUGAAGGAGUUAAUCCCGGAAUUCUUCUACUUUACGGACUUCCUGGAAAACCAGAAUGGCUUUGACCUGGGCUCCCUCCAGAUCUCCAACGAAAAAGUGAGGGACGUCAUCCUUCCCCGGUGGGCCGAGUCCCCAGAAGACUUCAUCCACAAACACAGAAAAGCUCUGGAAUCGGAGUAUGUCUCUGCCCAUUUACAUGAGUGGAUCGACUUAAUCUUUGGGUAUAAACAAAGGGGUCCUGCAGCUGUGGAAGCAUUGAAUGUCUUCUAUUAUUGCACCUAUGAAGGAGCCGUUGACUUGGACGCCAUCGCAGACGAAACCCAACGGAAGGCUUUGGAAGGCAUCAUCAGCAACUUUGGGCAGACCCCGUGCCAGCUGCUGAAGGAGCCUCACCCGGCCAGGCUUUCGGCCGAAAACGCCGCCCGGAGACUCUCUCGGCUGGACACCUUUUCCCCCAACAUUUUCGAGAACCUCGGGCAGCUGAAAUCCUUCUUCGUGGAAGGCAUCAGCGAUGGCAUCCCCUUGGUGCAGGCGGUGGUCCCCAAGAACCAAGCCCACUCCUUCAUGACUCAGGGCUCUCCUGACGUUCUGGUCACUGUGAGUGCCAAUGGGCUGCUGGGAACCCAUGGCUGGCUGCCUUAUGACAAAAACAUCUCCAACUAUUUCAGCUUCACCAAAGACUCCACCGUCUCCAAUGCAAAGACGCAGCGCUACCUGUACGGCCCCUUUGCGCCGGGUGUGGAGGUCUCCGCCAAGACCCUGGCCGUCUCCCACGACGGGAAGCUCCUCUUCAGCGGCGGACACUGGGACAACAGCCUCCGGGUCACCUCUCUGAGUAAAGGGAAGGUCGUGGGGCACAUCCACCGGCACAUCGACGUCAUCACUUGCCUGGCCUUAGAUCUGUGCGGAAUCUACCUCAUUUCCGGGUCUCGGGACACCACCUGCAUGGUCUGGCAGGUCCUGCAGCAGGGCGGCUUCUCCGUCGGUCUGGCGUCCAAGCCCAUCCAGGUCCUCUACGGACACGACGCGGAGGUCACCUGUGUCGCCAUCAGCACCGAACUGGACAUGGCCGUGUCGGGAUCAAAGGAUGGCACCAUCAUUGUGCACACGAUCCGGAGGGGCCAGUUCAUGAAGUCCUUCCGCCCGCCGUGCGAGAGCGCCCUGCCCGCCAGCGUGGCCAACCUGGCCGUGGGGCACGAGGGGCAGCUGGUGGUCCAGACCACCGUGGAGGGCAGGGCCUCCCUGAAGGACAAGUUUGCCUUGCACCUUUACUCCGUCAAUGGCAAGCACCUCUCCUCCGUUUCCCUGGACGAGGAGGUCAGCUCCAUGUGCGUCACAGAAGAGUUUGUGGUGCUGGGCACCAUUCAGUGUUCGCUGCAGAUCCGAGACCUCCAGAGCCUCCGUCCCGCCGUCUCCCCGUUGGCCAUGAAGGUGCCCGUCCACAGCGUCUCGGUGACGAAGGAGAAGAGCCACAUCUUGGUCGGCCUGCAGGACGGGAAGCUGAUCGUGGUCGGGGCCGGGCAGCCCUCCGAGGUGCGGACGGGGCAGUUCCACCGGCGCCUCUGGCGCUCCACGCGGCGCAUCUCCCAAGUGUCCUCCGGCGAGACGGAAUACAACCCUGCCGAGUCCAAAUAACCAACAAGGAGCGGUUCGGUUCCCAAUCCAUCCCUGUUGCCUUGCAGCCACGUCUGCCGUCGACGACACCCGGCCCGCCUCGCAGGGGGAACCUGCGUCCUUCCGGUGACCCUCUGGCAUCCCGAUGCCG